AGGAGCUGGAAAGGAAACGUUCCCUUUCUUCGAUUUUCCCUCACUUUAUACGGUCAUGCCCUGCUCAGCUUGUUCUGUGACAGUGUUAAAUAUUUUCCUUCGCGAGACACUCGGCUUGCGGACACAGUCACUUGCACUCUCAACUGCGAGAACGCCAUUUCACUCCAGCGCAAGGCGGUCAUACAUUGUUCACAACCCUAUCCGCCAACAGCCAUGGCUUCAAAACAGUCUAUAUUCUUCAUCUGGUCACGCUAGAAUGGCUUCGGCUGGAAAGGAAGGCUACCGUGGCUACGCUACUUCUGCGACACAGGAAUCUGCACCGACAGUUUCGCAUUCGACAACCGGCUCGACAGAAACAGAUAAUUCGACAACCACUCAGGCAAGAAAAGAACCAAAUUUGGACCACGAACCCUUUGCGGACUCCCUCAAGGUGCGGCAAGAUUCGUUAACGCAAGGCGAGGCUGUCGCCCUUGCGGAUGAGCCCCCGCCGCAACUAGAAACGAAAAGACAUAACAGUUUAUCACACGCAAAGAAAUCGUUUGCAAAGUUAGACGCAAGGGACGCACGCGCACCCAUUCAGAGGUCAGAGUCAAAUCGAGAAGAGGAAUACCCGUCAGCAAAGUCUAUCGAGACCCCAAUAUAUUCACGCCAGUCCAAGAAGUCGAAGGAAACCGGUGAGGAGAGCAAACGCGGUAUUCAUUUCCCGCCAAGAGAGGCUCACAGGGACGCAAUACGGCUCCCAACCAACCGAAGGCUUGAACCAUGGCAAAUUCAGAAGGAUGCUCUAAAAGAGAAGUUAAGCGGACAAGCGUGGGCGCCUCGAAAACGCCUCUCUCCUGACGCCGUGGAAGGUAUCCGGGCUUUACAUGAACAAUAUCCGGACAAAUAUACAACACCUUAUCUGGCUGAACAGUUCCAUGUGUCUCCAGAAGCUAUUCGAAGAAUAUUGAAGAGCAAUUGGCGCCCCAGCGAAGAGGAACGGGCGAAAAGGUUGCAAAGAUGGGAGAACCGAGGGAAGAAUAUCUGGGGCAAAAUGGUCGAGCUCGGAGUCAAGCCACCAAAGAAAUGGCGGGAAAUGGGUGUUGAUAGGGAUUCUGAGGGGCGUAGCUUCCAUCAGAGACGUGUCCAUAAUCAGCGCAACAAACCAUGGAAAUCUCAUAGCGGAACAAGUGGCCAUGGUGGGGGGUUUUCUUCAAGGAACUCUGCUGACAUGGACGAUGAGGAGUCCCUGUCCGAUCGAAUCUUAUAAUACUUUAUAUACUUUAACAAAUUUUGGAGAUCGGCGCAUUCUGGAAAUAUGGAAACUUCCUGAAAGUUUACAAGCGUGCAAUUAUGGAGCUUGUGUCAGGAGAUUUUGGGACUAGAGCAGCACAAACUACGGAAUUAUGCAUAAUUGUAAAUCAAUUGAUUAUUGCAUCGAUAGGCCUUUCACUUUCUGGUAUUAGUUUUAUCAUUAUUAUCACUCUGUGUCUUUGGUGUCUUGAGAUACUGUGGCGUUUACCAUUUGAAUGCAAUGCAGUUGUCAGGAACCUGGGGUUUCAGCGACGGGUCGGGGG